AUGGUGAAAAGCAGGUUAGUGGAACAAUCCACAAACUUUCACAGUCUAGCUAGGGACCUGGAGCUCAAAAUGGCCACUUGUGAAGAUGAUUCCCAGGGGGAGAGGAGAAUGAACUAUGAUGAAAUGGAGAACGACCAGGGCAGGAAGCAUGUGUUGCUGGAGAAAACAAAUUGCCUCCAUGAAGAAGAGUACAGUGGAACUAGAGAUGAAGGACCUGCACAGCAUAUGUUAAGGGGACCUUUCUGGAAGUUCAGUACAGGGAAACAAAUGGUUAAGAAGGGUGCUCUGGGGCAGAAGGAAAGUGCGUUCACUGAAGUAAGACAGAUGAAGGAGAAGCUGAAAAUGGAGAAAGCCAAAGAGAUGGAACAAGGAAAUGGAGGGGCUCACUUUGGCAAAGGCACAGUUCAGGGUUCAUCAGGCAGCGCAUUCUCCUUUGUGCGGCCGACCAGAGCCACUGGGGAGCCAAAGAGUGCUUUCAGCAAACCAGCCAAAGGCCUGGUGGACAGAAGAACCGCGACGGCCUCUUAUCAUCUGAGUGACUCAGUGAAAGACCCAGGCAAGCUGUCAGGAUGUAUCAGUGCCACUGGCAGCAUGCUGACUUCUAAGCGCCUUGCGAGUGAUUUGAAUGGCUCUCCAUUGCUUCAGACCAGCCUUGUUCAGAGCAAUCCCUUCUCAGAUACUUCAGGAAUAUGGCUCAGGCCGAUGGCAGAGCAUAUGCAGGCCGCGCCCACGGCCACCUCAAGUCCUUCCUCUGCUUCCUUGACUCUGCUGCCUCCCACUUUUGCCUCCUUUGGUGUGGCAGCCCAGAACUGGUGUGCAAAAUGUAACCUCUCCUUUCGUAUGACAUCUGACCUUGUGUUUCACAUGCGCUCCCAUCACAAAAAGGAGGGUGUUUCACCAGAGUUCCAAGGCAAAAGGAGGCGAGAAGAGAAACUAGCUUGUCCUGUCUGCCAGGAAUAUUUUCGGGAACGGCAUCAUUUAUCUCGCCACAUGACUUCUCAUAAUUAGGCCUGCAGCUGUUCAGUUGCAGUGUAUGUAAGUGUGUGUGUGCGCGUGCACGCAUGCGUCUGCAUUUGU